UUCCAGCUCAAUUAGUUUGUUUUUAAAAUUCCGAUCAGAAACACGUACGCACUCGCGCGUUCCCGAGAUCAGCCGCGGCCAGAACCACCCAAUAGACGACGACUACGAGGACCUCUCAGCCCAUCCCCGAAGUCGUUCAGUGAUUGGAGUGUGUGUGAAGAACCCCAUAGAAUCCCUUGCUGACCCAAAAAAAGGAACAAUAUCCUCUCUGCAGUACCUCUUAAAGUGAAAAGUGUGAAAAUUUAUAAAGUUCAUAAAAAUAGAACUCGAACGUGCAGUGACAGUGACUCGGAAUUGGAAAACAAAGAUAAAGCUUCCAAAUAUAGUGCGAAUAAAAUCUACCUGUUUGCUGCUCAAUCCGGAAAAACGUGAUUCUUGAGUGCUAACCAAGGUGCUAUAAUCCAUACAUCAUCCAGUAACGACUCUCCUCCCCCGGAAGGACAUCCACGAGGCUUAGCAAAUCAUCGUCGCCACACCUUCGACUUCAAAGUAACCUCCUUAAGGCAACUCAACCGAAACCACCAUGGGUACCCUACCGCAGCUAGCCAUCGUCAAGGGUCAGCAGACCGUCAAGGCGCUCAUUCCGGCCCUGCUGCACCGGACCUUCGAGGCAAACGUGGACAAGUUUUGCGGAAAUGACACUGCGCUGAUAUUUGACGACGACAAUCGGGGUCAGAUCAAGACCAACUACAACGUUCUCAACUCGACGGCUAAUCGACUGGCGAGGGCCGCGAUUGAUGAGAUUGCCGGCAAAUCGGAACCCAACGGCGACGGUGACUACAUCAUUGCGGUGUGCAUGCAACCUUCGGAUCGCCUCGUAACGACACUGCUGGCGAUUUGGAAAGCCGGCGCUGCCUAUCUUCCGCUGGAUCCCACCUUCCCGGCAAACCGUAUCGAACACAUCUUGAAGGAGUCCCGUCCGGUUCUGGUGAUCCACGAGGACUACGAGAAUCUGACCGUCUUUGGCGAAACACCGGCCGUUGCGUACGCCGAUCUGCGCCAAAAGGCGUCCCCAUUGAGCAAUGCGAACCUUCUGCCGGAGCAGAUGCUUGGCGCUGGGGACAACGCGCUGGCACUGGUACUGUACACAUCGGGCAGUACCGGUGUUCCGAAAGGUGUGCGUCUAAACCACGAAACGAUCCUGAACCGUCUGCAGUGGCAGUGGAACCGAUUCCCGUACUCGGAAACCGAGAAAGUUGGAGUGUUCAAAACCGCUCUGACCUUUGUCGAUUCCGUAACGGAGAUUUGGGGACCUCUGCUCAAUGGAAUGUCCAUCGUGGUCGUUCCGAAAAAGAUCACCAACAACCCAGAACGACUGGUGGAACUGCUGGAAGAGUACAAGAUCGAACGUCUGGUGCUGGUGCCAACCCUGUUGCGAUCGCUCCUGCUCUACCUACCGCUCCAGAAGAAGAAGCUGCUGUACAACCUACGCAUCUGGGUGUGCUCGGGUGAACCGCUCCAGAUCUCGUUGGCCAAAGAUUUCUUCGACUACUUCCUCGAGGGAGUUCACCAGCUGUGCAACUUUUACGGUUCCACCGAAGUUAUGGGCGAUGUAACGUACUUUGUUUGCGAGUCAAAGAAGCAGCUUAGCAACUUUGACAAAGUUCCUAUCGGGUACCCCCUGGACAACACUGUGAUAUACAUCCUAACUCCCGACCUCCAGCCGGUCAAACCCGGUGAGAUCGGUGAACUGUUCGUGUCCGGUUUGAAUUUGGCUCAAGGAUACGUUAAUGGUCGUGAUCCCGAGCGAUUCAUCGACAAUCCGCUGGCUGUUGACCUCAUUUACUCAAGGAUGUACCGCACCGGAGACUUUGCCUCCGUGACCAAGGGCUGCGUGUACUACGAAGGUCGUACGGACUCCCAGAUCAAGAUUCGUGGUCACCGCGUGGAUCUCUCUGAAGUGGAGAAAAAUCUACUGUCAAUGGCGGGUAUCGACAAAGGAAUCGUCCUCUGCUACCACGCCGGAGAGCUGGACCAGGCACUGUUGGCGUUCAUCACAGUUGAGAAGGGUUCGUCCUACAAGAACGGACUGCAGAUUGAGGGUGCGCUCGAGAGCAAACUUGCGUACUAUAUGAUUCCUCAGGUGAUCCUUCUGGACAGCAUUCCGCUGCUGGUGAAUGGAAAGAUCGACCGACAGAGUCUGCUCAAGAUGUACGAAAACACCAACAACAAUGACGACUCCAACAUCGAGAUUGAGUACGACUACGCUGGCGUCCCGGAACACAAGUUGGCCAUGGCGCAGGCUCUGUUCACCACCGUGGGCCAAGUCAUUGGUCGUUCCACGCGAACCAAGAUCUCGCUGCAGAGCAACUUCUACGAGCUCGGUGGCAACUCGCUCAACUCGGUCAUCACGGUUACGCAGCUCUGUCAAAAGGGUCACGCCAUCAGCAUUACCAGCUUUAUCGGUGCAGAGAAUCUGGCGGAAAUUCUGGACAAAAUGUACGCCAACCAAAAGCACAUCGCUGAACAUGAACAGCUCAAUGGGGGCGCGCCAAAGGACCAUGAGUUUGAGUUUGAGUACACGAUGAACUUGACGGCACAGCCGUUAGCCGACGAACACAAGGAGGACGCUAUCAACAUUCUAACGUACAGCUUUUACGAGAAAGCAGAUCUUGAACGGUGGAUCAAGCCGUUAAUCAAGGAGCAGGACUACCGGGACAUUCUGGAGGACAUCUGGGACGUGCUCAUCGAGAAGCAGCUUAGCUUUGUGAUAAAGGAUCGCAGCGGCAAGUCGGUUGGAGUAUCGCUUAACUUUGACGCGUACGACGAGCCCGAACCAGAGCUCACCAACAACUUGGUAAUCAUUUUCGAGUUUCUGGAAUACGUGGAGAAACCUAUUCGCGAGGAGAAGCUACCCCAAGGCAUCAACCAAAUUCUACACUCCUUCAUGAUGGGAACGUGUGCCGACCUGAGCGCACAGGAGAACAUCGAGGCUAUGCACUUCAUGGAGAGCGAGGUGUUGAAGAUCGCGACGCGCCGGCACUUUACCGGCAUUCUGACGACCAACACGAGCCCGCUCACGCAACAACUCGGGUCCAACGUGUACAAGUACGAAACCAUGCUGGACUACCAGAUCAACCAGUGGGAGUACAGCGACGGCUCGCGACCCUUUGGAAAGGCUCCCGAAGACCAGCGGGUCAUUGUGCACUGGAAGGACAUCCGAAAGCAACAUUGAGGCAGCGUAGCAGUGGUAGAAGUAGUGUUGUAGGUUAUUAUUUAUCAGUCGGAAUAGAACAUGUUUAUUUAAUGUUUAGGAUAAGCACUGAAAUCACGUCGAAAAAUAAACAUAUCAAGCAAUAAUGGAAGUAGAUUUAAACUCGCACUAAGCAUUGCUACAAGAAUCUAUACGAAUGAAUUAGUGUUAGUGAUAAAUUGUUAUUUCGUACAAAAUUUAGAAACAAAAUGAGGUAAAUGAGAGAGGAUAUUAUUGUACUACUGAUCUGAGUUGUAGAUAAAUAAUUAUUUAUAAUCACGAAUAAAGUUCUGCGAUAAUCCAAGGAA